GCAACACAGCAUCACUCCCCCAUCCAACUCAACCCUCCAUCGCAUUCAAAAUGGCCGUCUUUCCCUCCCGCAAAUUCCGUUCAACAAACGACUCCUCUCUCGCAGCGCGCUACCGCCUCCUCCUCGCCAAACAUCCCUUCGCCCUCUUCGGCCUACCCUUCAUAGCCACAAUGCUUCUCGGGUCAUUCUUUCUCACGCCUGCGACAGCCCUACGCUACGAACGACAUGAUCGGAAAGUGCGACAAAUGACCAAAGACGAAGAGUUGGGUAUUGGGCAAAAUAAGCGGAAAAUAGAUUUGAGGGAGGAGUAUUAUAAACUUGCUGCCAAAGAUUUGGAUGAUUGGGAGCAAAAACGGGUCAAGAGGUUGCCCGGUGAGCAUGACGGAGUGUUUUGACUUUACUACGAUUGUGCAGGCAUGUCGAUGAUGAUGGGAUUAGCGAAGGAGUUCAGGCGCAUUCACGA